CUAGGAUGGUCAUUCCAAACCUGUGCUUGCAGAAGUGGCAAUCAUGCUUAAGUUGAUGAAGGACCCACCUUGUCCCAGCAUCAUCACAUUACACCACUGGAUUAAGAAUAAGAACGACUUCGUUCUCUUUCUGGAGUACGCCGAGUCAUCCCAGAACUUGGCUUAUUACGUCAGAAGUACAUUGGACAUUGAUGAAAACCACGCACGCCGGUUAAUGCGUCAGUUGAUCCAAGCUGUCAAGUUCUGCGCUGAGCGUGGAGUUUUCCAUGGAGAUAUGCACUCGGGGAACAUCCUGGUGACUCAACCCCGAUCAGAGCUCAAACUGAUUGACUUUGGUUGUGCUCGGCUAAUUACCAGCGAGCCUUUCAACAGCAGUGAUUAUCGAGGAGCCUUACUUUACACACCGCCUGAGGUUCUGAGGGAUCCCACAUUCUUUCCUAACCCGGCGUAUGUCUGGACAUUAGGCCUCAUCCUGUAUGAAAUAUUGCAUACACGAUUGGCCUUUUACGACACGCAUUCGAUAAUCGUUGGAGACCUCCAGACAGACCUCACCUUAUCUUUAGAUUGCCUGGACCUGAUUUCCCAGUGUUUGGUCCGCAAUCCAGAGAAGCGACUGCAGUUACAUCAGUUAGAAGAGCACCGGUGGUUCAAUCCAACGAGCCCAAAUCCUGUGCAGCAGUGAGACAAGAGGAG